AGCUGGAGGAAGCGGCAGCGGCAGCGGCCACGAUGAGCGCGGGCGACGCUGUGUGCACCGGCUGGCUCGUCAAGUCGCCCCCGGAGAGGAAACUGCAGCGCUACGCUUGGCGGAAGCGCUGGUUUGUCCUCCGGCGGGGCCGCCUGAGCGGCAACCCUGACGUCUUGGAGUACUACAGGAACAAACACUCGAGCAAGCCCAUCCGCGUGAUAGACCUCAGUGAGUGUGCAGUGUGGAAACAUGCAGGCCCUGGAUUUGUUCGAAAGGAAUUUCAGAAUAAUUUCGUGUUUAUUGUUAAGACAACUUCUCGUACAUUCUAUCUGGUGGCCAAGACCGAGGAAGAAAUGCACGUGUGGGUACACAGCAUCAGUCAGGUCUGCAAUCUCGGCAACCUGGAGGAUGGUGCAGCAGAUUCCGUGGAGAGCCUCUCUCACACGCCCUCCUCCCUUCAGCCAUCCCCUGCCAGCUCCCUUCACACCGCCCAUGCUGUCAGCUCCUCCUUGCCAAAAGAUGACCCAAGUACUAAUACCGUAGCCACUGAGGAAACCAGAAGUGAGUCAGAGUUUCUCUUCCUUCCUGAUUAUCUGAUUCUGUCCAACUGUGAGAGUGGAAGACUGCACCAUGCCAGUCUACCCACCAGAUGUGAUAGCUGGUCAAACUCAGAGCGUUCAUUGGAACAGACUUCAUCUGAUGACGUUUUUGUUGACUGCCUGCAGCAGCUGCCCUCCAGUAACUUGGUCCACCCAUCCCCCCAUGGGAAUGGAUCUCAGGAGGUACCUUCUACAAGGCCUCAGGCUGCCCUGAUCUGGAAUAGAGAUAUCAAUGGGCCGCCCAGGAACCACUUUUCUUCACCACUGCUGGAAACUUCCUUAAAUUCCACCAUUCAGGUAGAUAAAAACCAAGGUUCCCUGCCCUAUAGGGCAAAAGAACUAGACAUUAUAUCCAUCACGCCACCUCCCCGCCCCCCUAAGCCAAUCCAUCUCUCUGAACGGCGCCAAGAGGAACAGUUCCCGUGGAGCGGGCACAGCAGCAUCAAGAAGCCAGAAUGCACUGUGGCACCAAGAAGAAUCUCUCUCUCUGGUUUAGAUACCAUGAGAACCUGGAAAGCUGAUGUAGAAGGCCAAUCCUUAAGACACCAAGACAAGCGGCUUAGUUUAAAUUUGCCAUGCAGGUUCUCCCCAAUGUACCCUACAGCCUCAUCCAGUGCCGAAGACAGCUACGUGCCCAUGAGCCCCUGGACCGGCGCCUCUGGUCUCAGACCCCAAUGCAACUGUGAUGACUACAUCCCAAUGAACUCAGGAAGCAUCGCCAGCCCCCUGCCCAAGCUACCUGCCAACCUGGAGCCUCCCCCAGUGAAUAGAGAUCUCAAGCCUCAGAGGAAAUCGCGGCCACCUCCUCUGGACCUGAGAAGCCUCUCUACUAUCCGGGAACACGCAUCUCUAACCAGGACCCACACUGUGCCUUGCAAUCGGACAAGCUUUCUCUCUCCAGAAAGAAAUGGUAUUAAAUCUGCAAGACUUUUUGCCAAUUCCGUUUCCAGAGAAGAGGAAGGAAGCUACAUCCAAAUGAAGCAACACCGAACAACCAACUCCUUGAACAGUGGUGCUGUGACGUGGACAAAGAAAUUCAGCCUUGAUUAUUUAGCCCUGGACUUCAAUUCAACGUCACCAGCCCCUGUACAGCAGAAAGUUCUCAUUUCAGAAGAGCAAAGGGUAGACUAUGUCCAAGUGGAUGAGCAGAAGACACAAGCUCUCCAGAGCACAAAGCAGGAGUGGACAGAUGAGCGGCAAUCCAAAGUACCUCGGAAGCUCGGCUUGGCAGAGAUUGUUUCUCCCACUUUGAAGAAAAGAAAACAGAACCAGAGGAGGGUGCACUUUACCCAGGAUCACUCAUGGAGCCGAGACACAGAGUCAGGCUUAGAAUAGACUUGGCCAGACUGCCCACUGUGGGCUCAUUCCACUGUCUCACACUGCCUCUGAGGAUUUUGAUGGAAUCAAUCAGUUUGGUCAACCUUGGAGACAUGUGGGAAACACGUACAGACAUGAGAUGAGUCAUCAUCUCCUCUCUCACUUUCAUAGGAUUUUGAGCAGGUGCUUUUAUACUUGAAAGGUAUGUGUGUCAAGCCAGGGUUUCUUUGAGUGGUGUUCAAACGGGGCACUCUAACUUAAUCGGUAAUUACCAUUAGAAAUACCUCCUGAUGAUCAGUGUGAAAUCCAUUCUUGGAUCACGUGGUCCCCUAGCAUUGUGUUUCCUGUGAACUGGCUAAUGCUGUCAGAAGAAUUUUUGCCACCAUGGGAAAGCACAAAUUGUCCCUGGCCAUUCUAUGUUGGACCUAAGCUUGUCAGUGAUAAAGAGUUAUGACUAGGAAAAAAACACAAACAAACAAUGAGUUGUAUUCUCAGGUUUCCUGGCUAAUUUUUCCCUUCUGCUUUAGUUGAUGACUGGGUCGUGAGAGUGCAAACAUUCCCUCUUUGCAGUGAGGGCAUCGUGUCACCCCUUCCUUUAUGGGGCACUGGGGUUCAGGGGACUCAGAUGAAAGUCUCAGUCAGGCAUGGGUUUUACUUAAUGCCCCUCCCUGAUCCUUCUGAACACCUAUGGCCAGAAGACAAAUCUGCACAACUGGGAAUUAAGCAGAUACUGGUCCUGCCAGUAAGACACUGGCACUGUGUCUUAUAAUAGAAUGGAUCAAAUAGGCAGUCAGGUCUAUGAUAGUCAGGGUUACUCAGGGCAGUUGUAGGCUUUGCUGCACGGUUUUGGGGCUUCAGACUGCCCCAAAGGUAAGUAAAUACCAAAGUCUUGGUUUUUCAGAUCAUAGAAGAAUUUUGAUGUCCAAAGCAGCAGGAUCUGGUGACAUCAUUUUCUUCCUGGAGCAAGAUGGGGGGAAAUUGCCGAGUUCUGUAAUUGAGUUGAGUCCUUAGUGAGCUUGGACAGGGCAAUGAGAGGGCUCCCUGCACUCUGUGGCCAGCUCCGUGUCACCACACAGACACACUGGAGCCUGUAAGGAACUGCCUUCUUCCCUAUGUGACUUGCAAAGAGUCACGGAGCCUGAGGCAAAAAUGCAGGGCUGCAGACGGCCAGUUCCCACAGGUGGUCGCUUCCUCAUGUGUGGGGCACCUGUGUUUAGACCACUGAGUACCUGAGAGACCAGUGCAGAAAAAUUGUAUGCCCGAGUGUUAGGAACUACACAAGAUUGAAGAUAGGAUGGGAAAGAAAAUAUAGCUGAAAUUAUGUCAAUAGUGAAAUGUCAUCCGUUUGACAAAAAGAGAAAAUCUAUUUCUAUCAAACAUUUCCAGGGACACAAUUACUGCACGAAGCAAUACAUACUUCAGUGGUGUGACUUGUUUGAAAGUGAUUAAUUAGGUAUUUUAAAAAAAAAGACUUCACCCUCAUUUUCAGGGUGUAUGCAAUUUAUGUCCUGCUUUGAUAAAACUGCUAAUGGAUGGCUACUCAAAAGCAUAAUGAUUCAGGGAUAAAAAGUACAGGUAGUUUUUGAGCUGACAGCAGUAUAUGCUCCUGAGAAAGGCACCAUAAGUCAAAAUGAUGCCAGCCAAAUCUUUUUUUCCCCGGAGCAUUAUAAUCCACAUGUAACAGAGGUCUAUGAUUUUGACCAGCUUCUGAGAUUUUUUUCAACAGAAAUCAUCCCAGAUUCCAUCCCGAGUUAAGUGCACAUGGCAUGUCUACACUGCAGGGCACUCCUUUCUAGAAGAUUUGAGAAUCAACGUAACAGGACAGUGCAGCAAUUAAUUGCACAUUGUUUUCUGUAGUUCCUUUCUGCUUUGUUUCCUUCCAUCUUGUUUUGUUAGGAAAUUCCUCCAGCCGAAGAGUUGUGUGGUACAGAAGGGAGUACUGAAGGCCACAAGCCCACAGGAACUUUGGGAGUUAAGCUUUCCUUGGGGAGGGAGGAACCCUGAGGGCCAGCACAGCCAGGCUACAAGGGCGUAGAGUGAACCUGUGGGAGUCAGUGUCCAGUCCGCUACACCAUGGAGCAAGGAUCAACUGAAUCGUGGCCUUUAGGUCCGAGUUGAGACUGAAGGCUCACCUCAUGCCUGCCUUUCUCCUUUCAAGGCCUCCUCAGUGCCCCUGUUCAUACCAUCUUUGUACCCACAAUCAGGCUGGUUUUAAAAAAAUUUCAUUGUGUUUUUACUCUUAUUUCUGGCAUUAAUAAAAGUCUUACAAGGAGGAACCAUGACUUAACUUCCUUCUUAUUUGUUUUAAGUGAUGACAUUCAAUAUAAAUAUAGAACAUGUUUUGAAAGCUGAGUAGGUGAAAAUAGACUUCAUUGCCAUUUGAAGUACAACCAACUUAACCUGACUCACAUGACAUGAACUACAUCCAUGAUAUUUUGCUGCAAACAGUUGAGCAGGUGGCUAUAAUGAGUACUGCUUCUGCUCAGCCGAACCAUGUUGACGUCAUUUUUCUUCGUCAGAGACUAGCCUCAAUAAUUGGCAGUAAAAUCAACGGCCUUCCCUGAUACCAGGUGUAACAUGACCUUGUCAUCACUGACAUUAGAAAUCAGCACCCCCUAGCCUUCCUCUCCCCAACAGGGGUCUCUUGUGCCAUCACCUCCCUUUUAUCCAUGGCCGAAGCUCCCAGCUUCCCUGGAUUCUGAGUCAGUGGCAUCUCUAGGCCAUGAAGCAGGGCACAGACAACCAGUAGUGGGGGCUCGGGUUUGGGGGAAACAAGCCAAAGGUAGAACACAGGCCCAGGAAACCCUGAGGCUGAAAGGAAGAGAAGCUAAAUGAAAUUCCCCACCUUGGUGAAGUAUGAGGCCGGCCACCAUCAUUUUACCUGGCACAAACUCCAGACCAAGCCCCUAACCCAAAGAAGAACAUGUUGACAUUCCUGAGAAGAAAUGAUGAAAAGAUACAUUAAAAAUAUAAAUGAGUAGGAGCUGGCCCGGUGGCUCAGGCAGUUGGAGCUCCAUGCUCCUAACUCCGAA